CUGCCCUGAUUGCACCACUGCUCUCUCCUGGACCACAAAGUCUGAGAGAGGACUGAUAGAAAGGUAGCAGGUGAACUAAGGAGGAAUAAUCUUUGAAAAUGAGUACAGAUUUGAAGAAAUACUAAAAGUACAAUACUUUGUCUCAUCAAGAACUUUUAGCAGGACAACUAUAGAACUAUAGAACCCACAAUCAGGAGUUGAUAAUGAUCUUAUAAAGCAUCUUUAUCAUUUCAUCGCAAUGCCAAGUUCUACUUACCUGUGCCUGUUGAGGGUUUUCCUGGUGUGUUUUGUUAACCAUUUAAUCCAAGGAAUAAGUGCAGAUGCAAACCAGUGCCAGAGCUCUCGUCAUCGACUGGAACCAAAUCUAACUGGACUUCCGAUUGUCACUUUCGAAUGGCAUCAUGUGCAGACCCCAUAUCUGGUAGUCGUGUGGGUAUUUGUGGCUGGCUUGGCAAAACUAUCAGUGAUUGAAAUAAACCACCAUGUCACCAGUGUGAUCCCAGAGAGUGGAAUGCUCAUCAUACUGGGAUUUAUCUUAGGAGGCAUCGUCUGGGGAGCAGACAAAGCACAGACUUUCAGACUGCAACCUCCCACUUUCUUCUACUACUUGUUGCCCCAGAUCAUCUUGGAUGCAAGUUACUUUAUGCCCAACAAGCUAUUUUUCAGCAACCUGGGAGCCAUUCUUAUUUAUGCCAUCAUCGGAACUUGCUGGAAUGCAGCUGCCGUGGGCCUCUCACUAUGGGGCUGCUAUGAGGCUGGAGCAAUGGGUGACCUGGACAUUGGCCUUCUACAAUUCCUAUUAUUUGGCAGUCUAAUCGCCGCAGUGGACCCAGUGGCGGUGAUUGCCGUUUUUGAGGAAGUGCAUGUAAACGAGGUGCUCUUUAUCCUGGUUUUUGGAGAGUCGUUGCUUAAUGAUGGAGUCACAGUAGUGCUUUACAAUGUAUUUGAUGCCUUUGUUUCUCUUGGAGGUCCAAGGAUUGAUGCUGCAGAGAUUUUCAAGGGCAUAUUUUCAUUUUUUGUGGUGGCAUUUGGAGGCUCAUUUCUCGGCAUUGUAUUUGCCAUCCUGCUGUCCCUGCUGACCAGAUGCACCAAGAACAUACAAAUCAUCGAAGCUGGCUUCGUCUUUGUGGUGGGAUACUUGUCUUACCUGACAGCAGACAUGCUCUCCCUCUCUGCAAUACUUUCAAUCACCUUCUGCGGUAUUUGCUGCCAGAAAUAUGUGAACGCCAACAUGGAUGAGAAAUCAGUUACAACAGUUCGUCAUGCCAUAAAAGUGCUUGCGAACGGCUCCGAGACAAUUAUCUUUUUAUUCCUGGGCAUUACAGCAAUCGAUAGUGUUAUCUGGGUGUGGAACACUGGCUUCAUCCUCCUCACCCUCCUCUUUGUGUUUAUUUACAGGAUCAUAGGUGUUUUCUUCCUUACCUGGACCUUAAACAAGUUUAGACUGGUUCCCAUUGAAGUCAUUGACCAGGUUGUGAUGAGCUAUGGUGGCCUGCGAGGAGCAGUGGCGUAUGGAUUGGCAGCCAUGCUAGAUGAGAACAAGAUAAAAGAGAAGAAUCUCAUGAUUAGUACCACCCUCAUUGUGGUGUAUUUCACUGUCAUACUUCAGGGAAUCACGAUGAAGCCAUUGGUUCAGUGGCUUAAGGUCAAAAGGGCAGCUCAUACAGACUUGAAACUUGUUGAAAAACUGAACAACAGGGCAUUUGAUCACAUACUUGCAGCAGUGGAGGACAUUUGUGGACGUAUAGGAGACAACUGGUGGACCAGAAAUUGGAACAGGUUUGAAGAAAAGUAUAUCAGCUGGUUAUUGAUGAAACCUAAGGCCAGAAAAAGUAAAGACUAUCUCUUUAGUAUCUUUCACAAACUGAAUCUCGAGGAUGCCAUGAACUAUGUCUCUGAGGGUGAGCGCCAAGGUUCUCUGGCCUUCGUUCGUAGUGAUGAAGCUGCCAACAUAGAUUUCAAAAAGCAGUUUGGUUCGGAAUUUGCAGAUGCCAUGCCUGAUAUAAUGGUCGAUAUGUCAAAUUACGAGUUUGGGAUUGAAAAUAUUACCUCCAUCGUAAAAGACAGUGUUCCAUCAGUAUCCCUGGACAUCCAUGAGCAAGACAUGAAAAAUUUGGUGGAUGACUUCAAUGCCCAUCAUCUUCUACAGCAGCACUUAUACAGGAGCAGAAAGCAUCAUCGUCACAAAUACAGUCGCAGUCACUUUAGCAUCAACCAGAGUGAGGAUGAAGUGCAGGAGAUCUUCCAGAGGACCAUGAGGAGCCGCCUUGAGUCCUUCAAAUCGGCUAAAAUGGGUGUCAACCCUGCCAAAACACUUACUAAGCAUCACAAGAAGGAGCAAACACAUAAGAUGUCUAAUGGACAUCCAGAUGGCACAGGCUAUCCAAAUGGAGAUGAAGAUGACAAUGUGUUUGUUGGUAGUGAGACCAGUUCCAUGAGUGGUUAUUUCACACGAGACACAUAUAUAGUGGGAGCUGGCAUAGAGAAUCCAGCAUUCAUGCCAGAUAUGGGCACUCCAAUGCAAAGCCCACCCUGGCUUAUGGAGAUCGAGAUGGACACAUCUGUUGCACCCUCCCAGAGAGCCCAGCGACACCUGCCCUGGACACCCACCAGGCUACGGCGUCUUGCACCGAUGAGGAUCAGCAACUGUUCGACAGACUCCUUCCUUAUGGCUGAUGUGUCUUUAACUCUGGAUGUGCAUGAGGAACAGCCUCAAAGAGACAAUGCAGAAAUGUGAUGAGUCCAUGACUAGAUGCUUCAGGAUGAUAAUGCCGCAUGACAAAAUGUACAUAUUAAGCUGUUCCAAAGACAAAGCAGUGCCUGCACAGUCCAUGGUUUCCAGUCCAUAACAAAAUAUAAAAAAUGAGGUGGAACUGGAGAUUUGCUGCAUGAAAUCCUGUACAAUAUGCCAGAUGCUAAUUAAUUUACAUAGACCAAAAUUCCAAAGGAAUGUUUCUGGCACCUUUUUGAAUCCAUUUGGACAAUCCUGUAAGCAACACAAGGUAGCUACUACUGAAUGUUUUAAAACAGCAAUACAGAAGCAUGUUGUUCUAUGCAAGUGAUGCAACAGCCAUUUUCCACUUCUGUAUGUUUUGUCAAAUUAAAAAAAUGGUCUUUCUGCACUACAACAAGAGUUUACACUACUGGUCAAAAAGUUUGAAACACUUAUUCUUUAUUUGAAUUUCUUUCUUCACAUUUUAGAAAAAUAGUUAAGUCAAUGUCAUUCAAAAGGAAUAACAUAAAUGGAAAUAUGGGAAUUAUGUUGUGAAUAAACAAAAUCCAAAAUAAAUAAAAACAGUGAUAUAUUUUAGCAUCUUCAAAGUUGUCACCCUUUGCCUAGAAUUUGCAGACAUGAACUCUUGACAUUUUCUCAAACAACUUUGAGGUAUCACCCCGAGAUGCUUUUAAAACAGUAUUGAAGGAGUUUCCAUCUAUGUUGGGCACUUAUUGGCUUCUUUUCUUUAUUAUUUGGUCCAAGUCAUUAAUUUCAAAAACUUUUAUUUAUUUAUAAAAUUGUAGUUUUAUAAUGAAAUAAAUUAAUAUAUUUUUCUGUACAAAACUAAUUUCAAACAUUUAAGCAUACGCCUUCAGAUCAAAAGAUUUUUAAGAUCACGAGAAACAUUUCAGUCAAGUGACCCCAAACUUUUGACCGGUUGUGUAUAUACUGAGUGGUGACAGUUUUUUAGUUCGCAUGUAUUGCAGGUGUGCUGUGAAUUGUUGAAAAUACUUUUGAGCAUGGUGAGGUCAGUCAAAACAUUUUAAAUCUAGCGUUUCCUAGUAUUAAAAUCAUGUUUUUGAUCUCCGUCCAUAUAAUAGUGGUUUC